AUGGGUAGUUUACCUGAUGCUAUUAAACAAUUACGUGAAGAAUCGAAAUAUAUUCAUAUACUUUCACGUGCUCAUAAAACAUUAGAUGAAUCUGUACCCUGGUUUCCAAGAAAAAUGCGUGAUUUAGAUCAAUUUGCUAAUCGUGUACUUUCUUAUGGAUCAGAAUUAGAUGCUGAUCAUCCAGGUUUUCGUGAUGUACUCUAUCGAAAACGUCGAAAAGAAUUUGCUGAUAUUGCACAUCAAUAUCGUCAUAAUCAACCAAUACCACAUGUUACAUAUACAGAACAAGAAAUUUUGACAUGGGCAACUGUAUUUCGUGAAUUAACGCAACUUUAUCCAGCACAUGCAUGCAAAGAAUUUAAUAAUGUUUUUCCAUUACUUAUUGAUAAUUGUGGUUAUAAUGAAACGAAUAUACCACAGUUAGAAGAUGUAUCACAAUUUCUUCAAGAUUGUUCGGGUUUUCGACUUCGACCAGUAGCUGGUCUUUUAUCAUCACGAGAUUUUCUUGCUGGUUUAGCUUUUCGUGUAUUUCAUUCUACGCAAUAUAUUCGUCAUCAUAGUGUACCUAUGUAUACACCUGAACCUGAUGUUUGUCAUGAAUUACUUGGUCAUGUACCACUUUUUGCUGAUCCAGAUUUUGCAGAAUUUAGUCAAGAAAUCGGCAUGGCUAGUCUGGGUGCACCAGACGAAUAUAUAACUCGUUUAGCAACAUUAUAUUGGUUUACUGUUGAAUUUGGUUUGUGUAUGGAAAGUGAUGAACGAAAAGCUUAUGGCGCUGGUCUUCUUUCAUCAUUUGGUGAAUUACAAUAUUGUGUCUCGGACAAACCAUCAAUUAUGCCAUUUGAUCCAUUUCGUGCUUCGAUUCAACCAUAUCCAAUAACAAGUUAUCAACCUACAUAUUUCUUAGCUGAAAGUUUUAAAGAUGCAAAAGAAAAAUUACGACAAUAUGCAUUGACCAUUCCACGUCCAUUUAGUGUGCAUUAUAAUCCAUAUACACAAACAAUUGAAGUUAUUAAUGGUAAAGAACAAAUUGUGAAUAUGGUUCGAACAUUAAGAAAUGAUAUGGAUGUUGUUCUUGAUGCUCUUCGAAAAACAGAACUGACAACAAAUUAA